AUGGACUUGAGUUCCUGGUUUGAAUUCACCUUCUACGACGCCAUUUUCCUUGUCUUUGUGCUUGGAUUCUUCCUGUACUGGCUCACCAGAUCCGAACAGCCACUACCAUUGCCACCAAAAGAGGUCGCUCCUCUCACAAUGACUGACAUGACCUGUGAAGAACUCCGCAAGUACGACGGCGUGAAGAACGAGCAUAUUCUUUUUGGACUCAACGGAACCAUCUAUGACGUCACUCGCGGAAAGAAUUUCUAUGGGCCCGGGAAGUCUUAUGGAUCGCUUGCUGGACAUGAUGCUACUCGUGCUCUCGGAACCAUGGAUCAGAAUGCUGUCUCUGAGCAGUGGGAUGACCACACUGGACUGUCGGCAGAUGAACAGGAAACCGCCAACGAAUGGGAAACACAAUUCAAAUUCAAGUACCUGACUGUCGGACGUCUUAUCAAGGAUGGUUCAGAGAAAGCUGAUUACGGGGGCCGAAAGUCGUUUGUUCGUGGUGCCGAGUCAUUGGAUUCCAUCAUCAACGCUGGAGCUGAAGAUUCGAAGAAGGAUAACUAA